AGAAUCUGGUUAUCAAGUAGUAUAGUAUAAUGCAUACCGCUAGCCUUCUUUACUAAGGAAAAACGAAUAGAUAUAGGGGUUUUCCAUGUUUAAGAGGCUUAUAUAUGAAGAAUAUUUAAUUUCUUUUGUUGAAUAGUUCUACAUAUUGACUGAUAUACGGAAUGAUGUCCGUUUUACGCCAGGGGCUCUCUCUAAGCACAAUGGCCAUUCCAGAGUGUCAGAGCGCGCUCACUGCCGUCAAGGAAGGGCAAUACACCCUCAACACCACCCACCGUCUACCGUCACACAACCCUCUACCUCCGUCCUAUGUUCUCAUCCGGGUAUCCUUCAUUGCUCUGAACCCAUGUAACUGGAAGGUCACAGACUUCUCUCCGGCAAUCGGCACCGUGGGCGGUAACGACUUCAGCCAGCGGCCGGGGUUGUGGCCCUCGGCUCUGCCGUGAGUAAGUGGCAGAUCGGAGACUCCGUCUGUGGCUUCCUCUACGGGCUGGAUCCGCAUGUGGGG